CAAUCCAAUUUGAGUCGGAAAAAUACGUCGAAGAAAGUAGGCGGCGGGCAUUUUCUAUUUAAUAGCUUAUAGGCUAUAAAUACAUAUAGGCCUAUAUAUAAUAUAAUUUUUUUUUAUAGAAUUAUCCGUUAGCGAGCAUGUGGACAAACUGUUCACAAAAUGCGCAAAUAAACUAGCCCGUCCCUGAGAAUGAGGCGUUCCUGUUCGACUUUUCUCGAUCAAUCACGCGGACAGUGGCUCCUUUUGAUUAAACCCCAAAUUGUCAUUGGACAGAGGUAAUCAUGUGACAAGCAAUACGGUCCAAUUUCAACCUUGUCUCCAUGAAAGCAGUUUAAUGGUAUCGCGGUCCCCAUACGGCCGUAAUCAGCAAAAUAGUGAUUUUUUUUUUUUACACCGGGCACAAUAUUUCAUUAUUUCUUCGUAGGUCCCAAAUCUGUGCGCGGGGAAUUCCAUUAAGACUCGGAGGAGAUGAAUUACGAAUUCGAGCGAGAGACGGGCUUUAUCAAUAGUCAGCCGUCGCUCGCUGAGUGCCUGACAUCUUUUCCCCCUGUCGCUGAUGCAUUUCAAAGUUCAUCAAUCAAGAGCUCGACGCUUUCACGCUCGACACUGAUUCCUCCUCCUUUCGAGCAGACCAUUCCCAGGCUGAACCCGGGCAGCCACCCUCGCCACAGCCGCCCCAAGCAGAACCCGAACGGCUUGUGCCCGCUGCCCGCCGCCUCGUUACCCCCGGAGUACCCGUGGAUGAAGGAGAAAAAAGCUUCAAAGAAAAACCAGACUUCAGCUGCAGCCACAACCGACCCUGCACCACUCUACUUCUCUCCUGAAGGUUCGCCGGAGGUUUCUGACGGUGGCGGAGGUGGCGGCGGCACACGCAGACUGAGGACGGCCUACACCAACACACAGCUCCUGGAGCUCGAGAAGGAGUUCCACUUCAACAAGUACCUGUGCCGACCACGCAGGGUGGAGAUCGCCGCGUUGCUGGACCUCACGGAGAGGCAAGUAAAAGUGUGGUUUCAGAACCGGCGCAUGAAGCAUAAGCGCCAGACGCAGUGCAAGGAGAACCAGAACGGCGAGACGAGAGCUGUGAGCCUGGAGGAAAACACCGCUCAUGGCAAGGUUUUUUACGAACAAUCGGGAACGAACUCCGUUUCCGGGGCUCUCUUGGAGAACGAGAGUUACGCGUUCCAGCAGAACACUACGCAGAAUGGACACAAUGGAGAGUCGCCGAGCUCUACUGUUUCGCCCCUGAACAGUAAUGACAAAAAUCUGAAACAUUUUCCCAACCAGUCACCCACUGUUCCCGUGUGCGCCUCUACAAUGGCUGUGGACGGCGCAGCUGCUCGGGACAAUAGCACUCCUCCAGGCCUGGACGGCCCCAUGCACGACUUUCACGUUUUCUCCACAGAUUCCUGCCUGCAUCUCUCAGAUGCCAUCUCUCCGAGUGUGUCUGAGACGGUGGACAGCCCCAUGGGUUUAGUCACGGACUCAUUUGAUUUCUUCUCGGAGACGCUCACGACGAUCGACUUACAACACUUGAACUACUAACAGUUUUUGAGCACAAGGAAGCCCCGUUAUUUUUCUCUACGUUGACGGAUGGUCAGUCUGUUUUAAUUAUAACGUUUGAAAAUUAGGCCUAGACCAUUAGCCUGCGAAGGGUUAAGUUUAAUAUGAAUGAUUGAAUGAUUAAUUGUGUUUACAACGCAAAAACAAAAAAGAAAGUGAUAUUUUUUCGUUUUAUUUUUGUAUAAUCUUUGCUGCAGUGUGGCAUAUUUUCCUAAAAUAAAAUUUUUACAUUGCUGAAGAUAAAGGAAGGCCGCUGUGAUUUGCAUACAUUUGCUAAAUAUUUAUAAUACUUUGCUCCGCGCCAAAAGUGAAUUCAUCCCAUUAAACAGCCAUAAAAAAAAUCAUGCCAUAAAAAAAAUCAAAUGAUCAUGUGAAAUAAAUAAAAUAAAUGCUGUUGGAUGACAUGAUAUUCAGUCUAGUACGAAAACAAAAACCUUUUUUGUUUCGGUAGAUCCAAUAAUUUCUGAAGUGAUAUAAAUAUUGUUGUAACCUACAUGCACAUAUAAAAUCUCUGGAGCACGUUAAAGCUUAACAAGUGCAAGCUUAUUGUGAUAACCGCCGCAUGGGCUGCGUAGUUUAAUAUAAGCAAAAUAUAGGCAGAAAAAUAUAUUGCUUGUUUUUAAAGAAAAUUGUAUCAGCCAUAAGCCUUAACUGUUGAAUAUU